GUGGCUUUGGGCGCUCUGGGCAAGGGCCGCUCGAGCAGUUCGGCGAUAAACCGGGAGUUGCGCCGCAGCCUCCCCGCACUCCCGGCACAGCUGGGCUACGAGAGCUACCUGGACUUGAUGUACUACGCCUCGGCGGAGAACCCGGCCGACGACGGCACCCGCAACGUGCCGCUUAGGGCUCCCUGCGAAGAGCUUCCUCACUGGUGGGCCGCGGCGCUUCAGGGCGAGUUCGCGGAACUGGACGCUUGGCUGGCCGAGCGAGGGGCUCUCCCUCAGGACGCCUUGGGGCUGCCGCCGCUGACUGAGCUGGGUGUGGUUGGCACUCAGGCCACCUUGCCCCUGCGCAUACAGGAGCUUUUGCGGGCCAUCCCCAAGCAGCAGUUCCUCACGGCCGGCGGCAAGGCCCCCGACCUUUGCGAGAAGGGCUUCCUGGAUUUGUACAGCGGCUCCUACGGGGCGGCUAGAGCCUUGGCUCGGCGGUCUGGCUGCUGGGUUCUGACCUUUGAGCUGCACCGCGACGCUGGAGAGGACCUGCUGGACGCCGCGUGCCAGGCCAGAAUCUUGGAGCUGAUUGCAGGCGGGGCUUUUUACUGCGUGGGAGGAGGUCCGGUGUGUUCGAGCAUGAGUCGUGCCAUCCGGCCCCCGGUGCGGUCGAAAGCGCACCCGGCUGGACUCCCCGACUGUCGCCCGGCUAUGCAGGCAAAGGUCGAGGCGGGCAACCAGCAAGCAGCUUUCGCGGCCCAUGUGGUGAAGGCGGCGGCGCAGGUCGGCACCGACUUUUGGAUCGAGAACCCGGCGUCCUCUUUCCUUUGGCAGCAGCCUGCGUGGCAAGCCCUGACAGAGGGAGCUGGCGGUCCUGGCGGUGCGGCUCUCCUUGGCGCAAGCGCACCCGGAUUUACACUUCGACCGCCCUCCGUGGACAACGUCUUUUGUGCAGCUGCUCGGGAGAGGCGGCAGAUGUGGACCAAGGUUGCAGAGGGCUACCCCCGGCCGCUGAAUGGGCUCUUGGCUGCGGCAGCGACAGAGGCUAUGAGGCCCCUGGGCGACCGGCGGCACAUCAGUGCCUGUGACAUUUGCCGAUGCGGCUCUCAGCGGAUUGGGGAGGCAGCCAAUCCGGGGCCAGCCGAGGUCUGUUUGGAAGAGGUGCAGCUGGUGAGCGCUCGCACGCAAGCGCUGCAGCACCGACUCUUGGCUGACUUCAGAACCUGGUUGGCUUCCCAACUUUCCCGCCCGGCUCGGCUAAGUCUAGAGGGUUGUGCCAUGGCUUUUUGCGCGGUGCUGCGGGCCUACGGUAACCACCUUUUUCAGACUGGACAGCCCCUCUACAAGUGGCGGCACCUUUGUGCGUAUUUCCAGAAGGAGAGGCUGGCACUGCGGCCUUACAUGCCGAUGUGCUGGGAUCUCACAACUCGGUGGGAAAGACUGUGCCCGACGGUGCACCGGACUCCA